UGUCUACAAUUUUAGAUAUUGUUCUUUCAAAUUCUUAAACUUUUAAGUUAUCGAAUUUAAAGCAAGUAGUCAAAAUCAUGGCGGCACUCGGUAGUUUCAGCAGGCUAUUUAAUUUCGCCACAAAUACCUGUAUUAGAAGGAUUCUUCCUGCUUCAAUAAACAAACAAUAUUAUCCGGGAUUAAAAUUGUGGGAGAUAGAAGUAGCUGGUUAUGCUUAUCGCAGGCAAACAAUCAAAUAUAGGUUACCUUGGUUUAAACCACAACCAAGCUAUCAAGAAGAAAUACCUGAAAAUUAUGAUAAAGAAAAGGAAAAGGCAGCUGCUGAUGUGAUCAAUGAAAUUAACAGACAAAUAGCUACUAAUUCGGUUGGCCGCUUAUUUGCGGUCAUACACUUAUGUGGAGCGCAAUUUAAAGUCACGGAAAGUGAUGUUAUAGCCAUUCAGGGUCAUUGGCCACCUCAACCAGGAGAUGAAUUAAAAUUGGAAAAAGUGUUAUUGGUUGGUGGUAAAGAUUUCACACUCAUUGGAAGACCCAUACUGAAUAAGGAAUUGGUGUCAGUUAAUGCGACUGUAAUCCAAAAGACCUUGUCUCACACUAUAACUCAUUUCAGAAUGAAACCAAGAAAACAGUUUAGGAGAAUAAAUUUUAUCAGAAUACCCAGAACAAUGUUAAGAAUAAACUCUAUAACUAUAAAUGGAGAUGUCAACAAAAAGAAAGAAGUUGAAGGCUUAGAUAGAAUAUAUUAAAUAAUAAAUAGCAUAAUGUACAGUAUCAUACCACUCAACAACAUUUUUUAAUUUUAAUCCUCUGAAAUAAAUCUACUAUUAAUGUUAAUUCAAAUUUAUUUAAAUUGUUAUAAAAUACAAUAAAUAAAAUUAUUAAUA